UGGACUGCGGGAAGAUUGCACAAAAAAAAAAGUUCCCCUUCCCCCACUGGAGAAGUCAGAUGUUCUAGCUCUUCCGCACCUCUGACCAUGCAGCCACAGCUUUGUCAUUAUGAUAUGAGGCAGUGCGAUUAAGGACCUUACCGCUUCACUAAUAUCUUACAUGUGGUGUCAAUCAUGUCUUUGAAGACUCCUCAGGCCAUAAUUUGCAGUUGAUGAUUGUCCAAAUCCGCCGCAUUCUUGCUAGUUGAGGCGCGCAUAUGAGUGCAAGUGGGUGGACCGAAGUGUAGGAGGCACGGCACUGCAAGCUUUGGCUUUGGCUUUGGCUUUGGCUGUGCGCAGCCGGGCAGCGCAGCAAGGAGUGAGCAUGGCCGCCGAAUUAUCACCAUUCGAGUCUCGACAUGACCGUCGUGACCCUCGAGCUCUGGACGAUGCAGUUGCUUCUACUUUUGACCCUUCUUUGGAUCCAACAAUUAGACAAUUGUUCCAACAGCAAGCUGAGAUUCAGGCAAAAUUAGCCGCAUUACUCCCAAACAGAUAUGUUCCCAAUUCGAAGCUCGAGCUUGCUAUGUUACGGCUCAAGCUCAAGGCACUUGAGACAUACGCAGAAAGUCAUGAUUUCCCUAAUGCUCCGCCAAUACUAUCAGAAGUGGAAGAGGCUCGCGCCUUGCAAUACAAAUGCGAAUGUAUUGAGAGCCUACUUAUAGAUCAAGGCGUGGAUAUUCUUGAUCAAAAGUUUUUAAAUGCGCUCAAGCUAUAUUUCCAAGAUGAUGCCCCCUUUGAGUAUAGCGCGUGGGUCGACAAGAACGUCUCUCACUACGAUCCUAUAUUUCGCAGCUGGAGGAUGAGAGAAUCGUUGCCGUUAAUCUCACGAAAUCAAGCGUCUUUCAAAUGUUGGGACGACAGGUGUAAUCACUACAUUUACGGCUUUUCGAACCCAGACGAUCGGGAUCGACAUCUCAAAGAACACAGGUCUCCUGUGCGAGGAGAUUCCGGCAUUUCUGUCGGCAGUGUUGUUCCUGUUCAUUUUCCGGAUCCCAAUAUGGCACGAUCCUUUGGUAUAGAACAAAUCCAUAAGAGUCCGCCAGUGGCUCUGCCUCGGUUAACCGUGCCGUCGACUCUACCACCCCUAGUCACGGUCAAGCAGCCUAGAGAGCGCCGUGACUUGGCCGGUUAUUCUUUCGCAAAUGAGAUGCCUCCGCGGUCAAGGGGCUCAAUAGACUCGGAAGUCGACCCGUUACUCCCGCCCCUGAAACGGAGUCGAGUUGGUCACGGAAGAUUGGAGUCCAUAGGCGAGCUUAGACUACCCAGAGAUUCGGGGCCAUGCUUGCAAUGCAAAGUCAAAGCAAAGCCUUGUGAUUCUUCGGAUAGUUGCCACUACUGUUCUGAACCAUCAACAUCACCCGAUGAUGACUUUUGGCAUCUCUUGGGAUGUCAAAGAACGUCACUAGCUUCGCUAGCCGAUUACAUGCUGCCAGAAGUGCUUUCGUCAAAACAAGUAUCAACUCCAGUGACGUCACCCAUGGCACGCAGGCGAAACAUGAAUGAGUAUCUGGAAAGGACUUACAUUGUCAGCCAUGAGAUGGCGGAACUAGUUCAAGCUCAUCUGGAUUAUGAUGAUGGUUUUUGGUGGACCGAGGACUUGGCUUCGUUGCCAACAUUGAACCCUACCUCGGCCAAAUACGCUAAUGACCCAUUCGAUACUCCACCGCCUGUUCUCAAAGUCCUGGCAGCGAGCUGGAAUGCAGAGGGCAUUCCUUUCCAUCUGUGGAGCCUUUUCAAACUGAGUGGCUAUAUGUCACGGAACCGCGAAGCAGAGAAGCAGGAGUUUCCAGUAUUGUAUCGGGCCAAACUGCUUCUGAGAGAAAUUCUUUUUUACGACUUGCAGCAACCCGAGCCAUCCAUACGGACCGACGUUAAUGUGUCGAAUGCUCAACUUCUGCCAGACGAUGUGGACCACGACGGCCGUAAUCGAGUUAUAUAUAAUUGCAUGACGCAAUUUCUACAGUCAUUUGAGAGCAGCACAAUGCGCAGAGUCCUUUCUGAGCCGAAGAGCUGGCUGGCAGUUUUCUUCUCUUUGUGUAUAUUCAGCAUCAUUCGGACCAUACUGGCAGACCUUGUCUCGGCGUCGGACCGUAAUGCGGCAGAGUCUACGCACGUUGGACCAAUAUCGUCGUCGGGAGCCCUCGCCAUGCACAGCGUUCACAAGGCCCUGGUUAACGUUUUUGCUUGGUCAACUCCUAUGGUCUUGGACGAUCCUCCUUCAGACCUGGAUGAGAAUGACAGGUUCUUACUUGCAAGCACCGCUGACGCCCUCCGAAGGGAUGCAUGGGGAGCUUGGGGUAUUCGAUCCACUAAGGAUUUCUUACUAGGCCUUGGCAGUGGUUAUCUCCCCGACAGUAUAGGUUUCAACGGUUUCUUCAGACAACGGACGCCCAUUUAUAAGCCAGUCUCGUACCAACCAGCUGUUGUACCAAGUCAACGACUGGAGCCUCGGGGAACGGCACCAGAACUACGUCCUGUCGAAGCCUGGGGACCGAGAAACGAGAUGGAAUUUAGUGCGCCAGCUUACGGUAUGGAACAAUCAAGAAGGCACACCGUAGGUGAAAGCCCCGCCUUUACACGAGCCAUAUCGAGAGGAUUGGCCUCUCCCAGUAAGCUGCGUACGUCUUACCAGCGACCCCCAUUACGACGCGUUUUCUGCGGCAAGUGUAAUGAAUAUCCAGAAGGAUUUCGCGGUGAGCACGAGUUACGACGACAUAAUGAUGCUAAGCACGCUGCCUUGGUGAAGAGAUGGGUGUGUACAGAGCCUCAGAACAACACCCUUAGUACACCGCAGCCCAUCAUACCCCUGGCGAAAUGCAAAGCCUGCGUCACACAAAAGCGUUAUGGCGCCUAUUACAAUGCAGCAGCACAUUUGCGACGCGCCCAUUUCAACCCUCACCGAGGUGGCAAAGCUAGUGGCGAUUGGCCUCCAAUGACGAUCUUAAAAGAUUGGAUGCGGGAAGUGCGGCAGUCGAUCGAUGUAAAUGAGAACGACGAGUCUAGCGGUGAAGAAGACAACGAUAUCCGAAUGGUUGAAGAGUAUUCAUUACCGCGACAAUCAUCUUUCUCUGAAGCGCCACGGCUUGCGCCAGCGCCACUUCCUCAAGGUCCAGGGCAGCUAAUUGCUCCGUCCUUGCCGUCCUCGAUAGCUCCUUCUUCUUUGGAGAGUACUGUUCAUAGCAGCCCUAUUACUCCAAAGAUUGAAGACAAUAGGAACAGGUGUCCUCAUCCUGAUUGCGGACGCGUAUUCAAAGACCUGGCCGCUCAUAUGCUGACACACCAAGAAGAGCGCCCUGAAAAGUGUCCCAUAGAGAGCUGUGAAUACCAUGUCAAAGGAUUUGCAAGGAAAUACGAUAAAAAUCGUCAUGCCUUGACACAUUACAAGGGGACCAUGGUCUGUCCCUUCUGUCCUGGUCCCGGCACAGCAUAUGAGAAGGCCUUCAACCGAGCUGAUGUUUUCAAGCGACACCUGACUGCUGUUCACAAUGUAGAACAAACACCGCCUAAUAGCCGAAAAUUGAUCGUUGCAGGUAACAGCUCGCGCAGCGGUAAUGCCAGGUGCUCCAUAUGCCAAGCUCGCUUCUCCACUGCACAGGAGUUCUAUGAGCAUCUCGACGAUUGUGUUCUCAACGUGAUUGUGCCGACUACGCCUAAGCCAUCGCGAGACCCAACUUCGACAUCUCCUCAGAAGGGUGAUGAACCUGGCCCUGAUUCGGUAGAAGAGAACACCGAUAUAAAAACGAAAGAUCACGACAGUAAUGAAGAAAAGGAUGUUACUGUUCAAGCAUCGCAAGCGGAAGACGAAGGGAAUGAGGGGGAAAUGGAUCUGGACUCUCUCGAGUAGUGCGGACCACCGGGACAGCCAGACAGUCGGUGUUCAUUUGUUAUCUUGCAUGAGCGUGCAUAUACGGUUGCCACGUUUGCUGUAGAGAUGCAUAUUUUUUUCCUUCAUAUUUCCCUACCAGAUCGGCGAUGAUCGAUUGUAAAUUUUGAUAGGCAGGCCAUAUGCUGCAAGCAUUGAUUCGUACCUCAUAUCCAUAAUAACUAAGAAUCUA